CACUUUUACUACGGGUUCACAGACGUCAGGGGAAAUCAAAAUUCCUCCUUGUUCGUUUUCAAAAUCAUGGGCGUUGAAUUCUGAUCGGGAUUUUCUUCGUUCAACCGCCAAUCGAAUCGUGCUAUCGUGCUACAGUUUUCCUACGAACUGGUACCUGGUACUACGUAACGAAUCACGACGACAUGAUUUUGUUAUUUUUUCUAUUCCGUCACAAAUCAGAAUUGGCACAUCCUCACGAACUUAAAUACGAGCAAUACUCCUACCAGUGGAACCUAGCAAAGCAAUCAUCGAAGUGAAAAUGAUCCACAAAACCCAGUCGUUUUGCAGCCUUGCCUUCCUCUUUCUCUCGGCCGGAACCACCCUCCUCCUUCUCGACUCGAACGCCCACCAGGUAUUCGGUUGUACCGUAUUCCUGGUCGGAAAAAAUGCGUCGGCCGACGGAUCGGUCAUGUGCUCGCACAGCAACGACGGCGAAUUCGACACGGACCCGAGGCUGGUCAAGGUUCCGGCCGCGGAUUAUCCACCGGACAGCCUCCGGCCCGUCUAUUUUUCUCCCGAAAACUACCCCCGGUACGUCGGAUACGACCGCGGGAUCCCCGAGUAUUAUCCAAGAGAGGGCGAACCCCACGAACCCUUCCAGCCGAUCGGAUUCAUCCCCCAGGUCCCCCACACCUAUGCCUACCUCGAAGAAACCUAUGGCGCCGUGAACGAAAUGCAGGUAGGCAUCGGGGAAUCGACCUGCUCGGGGGUCUUCGGUGCAAGGCCGAUCCAUCAGCACCCGAACGGAACGGCCUUGUUCAGCAUCGACGAAUUGUCGCGGAUCGCUAUGGAACGGGCUUCUACGGCCAAAGAAGCCGUUCAGAUGAUGGGGGAUCUUGCGGUAGCCCAUGGAUUCUAUGGAGCGGGAGAAUUCGAGGGAACGUGUGAGUAGCAGUUUGGUUCCUGGAUUCCACGAAGUUGUGGUUGUCGAUUUGAUUUGUGACCACCCGAAGUUGUCAUUCUCACCGAGUCUUCUUGGUUCAUAACACCACAGCCGAGUCCCUCGCCGUGACCGAUCCGGAAGAGGCAUGGAUUUUUCACAUCCUACCGGAUCCCACGGGGAAGUCCGCAAUCUGGGCCGCGGAAAAACUCGACGACGACAAGUUUGCGGUCAUUGCCAAUAUGUUUGUCAUUCGCGAGGUCGAUCCGACCGAUACCGAGCGGUUCCUGAUGAGCAAAAGCGUCCACGAUGUAGCCAUAGACUACKGAUGGUGGACCUCCGUCGAAGCGGACGGACUGCUCGAUUUUACAAAAAUCUAUUCCGAUGGAGAAUAUUCCCACAAAUUCUACAGCGGGCGCCGGGUGUGGGCAUCCUACCGAUUGGCAGCUCCCUCCCAGCCGUUCCCGACCGAUUACACCGAUCUGCAAUCCGAUCCCGUUUAUCCCCUCGCGGUGACACCCGACCGGCCCGUAUCCGAACGCGACCUCUUUCGAUUCCACCGGGACACUCUGCAGGGGACGAAAUUCGAUCUUGGCGCAGAAGGAAACCUUGCGGGGGGACCCUUUGGAACGCCGGAUCGGUGGAAGGCCGGGCCCAACGAAGAGACAAAGGUUCAGGGGAACUGGGAGCGCGCGAUCGGACUGUACCGAACCAGUGAUACCUACGUCGUUCAGAGCAAGAAGGAGGAAAGACAACAACCAGAUGGAUCUGGGGGCAUGGGUAGUGGUGGUCCUGGUGCCAUCUUGUGGUUUGGUCCGUCUUCUCCUCUAGCGACCAUCUUCACCCCCUUUGUGGUAGGCAUGUCGGAUAUUCCAAAGUCGUUUCGGUCGGGCCACCAGUCUGUCUUUUCUCGAGAGAGCGCUUUUUGGGCUGCGUGCUACGCACACAACAUUGCGAACCUAAAAUGGUCCUACAUGAUCCAGGACAUUACCAAGCGGCAGGACGAGCUCGAAGGAGCUUCCCUGGACUUGGUCGCUUCCAUCCAGGAGGAAUACAGGCGGCACAACAACAUGGGAUUGGUAGAAGACGCCUUUGCAAAGAACGCAGAGGCGAUCGUUGCGUCGCUCUGGUCUCUGUCCGACGAGCUGAUGUUUCGGUACGCCGAUGGAUUUGUGAACUCCAACGAGUCCGAGGUGGACCAGGGAGGAGAAAUCACCAAGCGAGUGGGCUACCCCGCCUGGUGGCUGGAAGCGGUCGGCUACAAGAACGGCCCGCCCCCUCCACCCACGACACCCAAGUGCUGCGAUCCUCCGAAAGGCAGGAAGAAAAACGCGGGAGAACCAUCUCCUCACCUACUCCGAGGGGCGGAAAGCAGUGGAACAGCGAUCGAAAUCGAUUAGGGCGAUCGAGCCAGUGACUAUGGAUGACAAAUGGCCUGGCAUCCAAAGUCUCGGUCACAUGAAAACACUGCUCGGAUUCGUUUUUGAAACUUUGUGACCACGUACCCUGCGUCGUUAGAAGAGCGUUUCCAACAAUGGCAAACGCUGUUCACGAGAGAGAGAUUCGUUGCGACAUUAUUUUCAUCAAACUUUAACGAGCCGAUUUUGCUGGAGGGAUAAUAAGAUACACUUAUUGAA